ACGCCCUCUGACGGCGUAUUGCGUACUAACAGACACGUGCGUCUUGGUAGGAUACCAAGUUAGUGACGUUUCACGGUGUGGAGUGUUUGAGUGUUAUUUUCGGAAAAAUAAAUCAAACGGAGGCCAAUAUGGAUUGUAUUUUGAAAGACAUUAAUAAAAGAAGAUCCACUAGUAAGUCCAAUGUUAAUUGUUGCGUAUAUGGUUGCAAUGCAGUUAUGAAGAAAAACCCUGAACUAUUGUAUCACCGAUUUCCCACUGUGGAUCAAACGAUGUUAUAUACAGAUGCUUUUGGAAAUAAAGUUCGGGUUAAAAGACGUGUUCUCUGGGCAUUUUACAGAAGAAGAUUAUAUCACCCCAAAUGAAUGUUGUUUUGCUAGGAGGGUUUUAAAAACAACUGCCAUACCAACUCAGAAUUUGCCAAAAGCAGGAGAAAGAGAUAUUGAACACAUGAUGAAGCAAAAGGAGAACAGGUUGAAGCGAUUAAACCGUCGUAGACAAAUCCAAGAGGAAUUAGUUGAAAAUGAGACCACCAUGAGAACACGGAGAGACAAUCUUGAAGUAACAGCUGAGUUAGAAGCUGCGGCAACUCUUAUGCAGUUCAGUGUUGCAUCAUCAUCACAUUCACAAGAAGUACUCGAAGAAUUGAAUCAAUCUUCCAGUUUUAAUCAAACAAUCAGUGAAAAAUGUGUCAGUGCAAGUACCCAAACUGAAAUCACAAACAAUGCAUUCUCAAAAUGUGUUGUUAAUCAAAGCACACAAGUACAAAUGUCCUGGUUUUCUAUUGUUAGUCUUAUUCAAACUGAAAAAGUUUUGAAAAUUUUGACUGGGCUUCCAUCAUUUGAAUUUUUGGAUCAGCUGGCAAAUUCGUAUUUAAUUGUCAAAAAGGAUUCCCGUGUAAAACGUUUAUCAAUUAAAGAACGUAUUUUGUUGACCUUUAUGAAAUGUAAAUUGGAUUUGACAUACUCAGCUUUAUGUGUUUUUUUUUUUUAUGAUAUAAGUGUACCAACAUAUUGCACUGAAAUACCUGUACAAACCCCCAAAAAGUUAUGUUGUCGGAUAAAGUUAUAUUCGCAUUAUAAAAAGCAUCAUACUUUGAAAUAUAUGACCGCUGUUACUCCGUCUGGAUUUAUAUGUUAUGUAAGCCCUUCUUAUGGGGGGAGGGCAUCAGAUAAAAGUAUUUUUGAACAGUCAAAAUUAUUAGACCAAUUAGAACCCUAUGUAGACCAAAUCAUGGUCGAUAAGGGUUUUUUAAUCGACAAGGUAUGUGAUGAAUAUGGUAUUAAAUUGCUUCCGCUCGCGUACAUAUUGAGCGUGUAA